UUAAAACAUGGUUUAACACGUUUCAAGAUUAGUUUUUCAUUAACUGCACACUUCCACGAUAGUUCACUGCAUAAUAAGCUAUCAAUACUACACUUUGAACAACAUAAAUGAGCAAAACACAAAAAAAUAUUCUCGAGACGUCUUCGCCAUCUUGAAUCUCAACGACAACCUCAGUGACAUAUGUCGAGCGACAAUUGUCAAGCGACAGGUGACAUAUUUUAUAAAAUAUUUUCUAUAGAAAUGCUUACAAACAUGACAGGCAUUUUGCUACAAUUGUCUGUAUUACAAUUAUGUUGUGAACCAAGAAUUACUUUUUCUACUCGACAUAUUUGUAGAAUUAUCGGUGAAUCUUGACAUGUGGUUGAAGCUGUGUCGAGUUGCGUGACAAUUGUAGUAUGUCGUGGUUGACAUACGCGUAGCUCAAAAUGGCUCUCCAUGCGAGUAGUAGUGACGCUAGUGAUAGUAACAGUGACCUUGAUGAUUUCGCAUAUAGAAGAAGAUUUAAAGAAAGAAUCAAUUUUUCUUUUAUCUCACGGAUUUUUCAUUUAAGGAAAAAUUUCGUGUUAGUUAAAUCAGUGUAUAAUAUUUAUUAAAUAGAAUCGGUGCACGUAUUGAACAUCCAGCGACAAAAAACAAAGCUUUAACGCCUUGCCAACAAAUUCUUUGUACAGUGCUGCAUUGGAUGGGGUCGGGUUCUCAAUAUCACGAAAAAUAAUAUUUCGUCGACCAUACCAUAGUCGACAUAGUUAAGAGGAAAGGGGACAACCGCUUCUCCAUACAAACGUAGUACUAAUUCUCUCUCUGUAUAUUAACAUUUUGGACAUGAACAUAUUUUUACACAAUUUUAUAUAUAUUAAAUUUAUAAGUUUAUAACCCGUGAUAUUAACGAGAAGGAAUAUAUAUAUUUUUUAAUUUGUUUAUAUUUUUUUCUCAUAACUCUAUAAUACAAAAAUCCAAAGUCAAACGAAAGGGCAAAGCUAUGGUUAAUAUAAAGCCUGACCAGUAAAAUAUGAUCACGCGCCAUAUUGCGGAAUUUCAUUGGAACUAAAUUUUUCAUACUAAACUGAACUGUCAUCCUACAUGAGAAUAAUAGCGCCCUCUUGACAAUGAUCAUAUAUUUCUGGUCGAGAUAAAUUGAAGGGAAUUACACGAAAUCGAGCACUCGAAAUUCAAAAAUCGGCCCCCAGAUCGAAAAACUGUUACUAUGUCAUUGAAGCCAGUAGAUUUGCAGUAGAAGCAUUAAAUAACUGUAAUAGUUCUGAAGUAUUCAUUUUUUUAAAGCAAUUCGUGCAAAAUUAAUCCCUAACCAUUCCAAAAUAUUAAAAAUACACAACGUUAACCUCCUGGGGUCCGAAGUACUAAUACUAGGAGUCUAGGACAAAAUCGGUUUGCAGUGAAAGCCCAAGUAUCAAAAUAGAUACUUGAUGCCAAGACCCAGCGUGAUAGUACUAGGACAAAAUAUUUACACGCUCCAGGUGGAUUUGAAUUACCCGCCAUGUCAUUUUGACGUUACUGGUUAGUUAGUGUAUAUAUUUGGCAUUGUGGCAGCACUGCUUGAAGUAAGCGGGGAGGGAUAUUUUCGGUCUUCUGUCACAAGACGUCGCAGCAAUGACACGUGCAACGAGAAGAGCUAUAAAAGAUAGUCAAGUGUUGGACUUGCUCCAGCAGUCUGAUUUCGAAGACGACGAAGAUGAUCCUUUUGGAGGGAAUGAUACAGACGACGAGUAUAUUUCUGUGGAGAACACGGCCAUCGAAAGCGACAGUGACAGCAGUACCAGCUCAUAACCUUCGGAGCUUGUCUGGGGAUGAGGAUGGUGUGCUGUGUGACACCAUCUCACGCAAGACACUCUUCUAUUUAAUAGCAACGCUGAAUUCUGCCUUUCCAGAUUAUGAUUUUUCAAUGGCAAAGAGCAGCGAGUUCAGUGCGGAGCCGUCGCUGAGCUGGGUGCAGGCGGCGGUGGACGGCGCACUGUCGCCGGUGGGCGGCGCGCGCUGGCGCGGGCUGCGCGCGGCGCUGUGGGCCGCCGUGGACGAGGAGGUGGCGCUGCCCGAGUGCCGCAUCUACAGCUACAGCCCCGACCUGGCCAGCGACCCCUUCGGCGAGCCCGGCUGCCUCUGGGUCUUCAACUACUUCUUCUACAACAAGAAGCUCAAACGGAUUGUCUUUUUUACAUGCAGAGCUAUGAGCCCAGUUUGCGCGGUCGACUCUGGCGUUGAUUUUGCUAUGGACGAAGAUGAGGAGUAUAAUUAAAUAAUGGUUUUCAAAGUUGUUCAAUGUUAAUAAGUAAGAUGUGCACCUCUUAUGUAACUCCUAAUUUAAAGAUUUAAAAUUAACAUUACACUUAAUUUUAUGAACACAUGGGCAAUUAUUUUUGCAAUGGAUGCGUUUAAACUUAAAAACUAAUUGCUUAUUUUACGCAUAAGUUAAUUGUAACUAGACAAGUUGACGUACCUCGUAUAUUUGUAAAAUUUUUUGAGAAUUUAACGAAAUACUGUAAUAUUUUCGGUUUAGUUUGGAAGUGGAAUAAAAUAUUGAUGGUGUUUUGUAGAAAAGGUUGUAGGUAGCCGUAGAUUUAUUUUCCGGAAUCUUCUCUUUUAUCAAACAGUCAAAAUUAUAAUGUUUUUUAUAAAUGUGCUGUAAGUUUUAAUAUAGCUUUAUAAUGUUUUUAUUUUAAUUAUACUUUAUAUGAUCAUAUAUGAAACUGCAAAUGUUUCACUUAGGCGGUCUUCCGCAGUGCGAGUUGGACAUGGCUAUAGUCGUGCAUAGCGUUGUCUCACCCGCACAUCCAAGUGGCGUGCGGAAACCGCAUCGGCGUAAUAGCCAGUUAUUAUAAUUUUCUUUGUAACUCCUUUUUUAUGUCUGCGCUAAACGCUGUGAGCUGCGCGAGCCCCACCUAAUAAGCUGUUAUUUAUAACACUUAGUGACCCCAGCGGCCCACCGCGAGUCGUUUAUUCGAAUUUAUGACGUGACCUAUAUUAAUGAAGUGUCAAUUUAGUUAGCUCUUCAAGUGACAAAAUAAAUCACAAUUAGAGUCGUUAGACCACUGAAAACUCAAAACAACAUUUGCAGCUCUCUCAGAUUCCUAAAACUGGUGAUUUCUACUGCCGUUGGCUCUUCUUCUUAAAAGUUUGCCGACCCCUUAUCAAGGGCACGGGUUCUCAGGGCUUAGGGUAAGGUAGGGUUCCUAGGGAAUGAAUGAGACUCAUUCUCAUUCCUAGGGCUUUGCCAUUGAUCGUAAACGGGUUCGCGACAAGUACAGUCAGCGUCAAAUACUCUGUAGCAGUCAAAGUGGCCAAAUAGUUCGGUACAUCAUACUAAAUAUAUGGUGUACCGAACUAUUUGGCUACUUUGGUUGCUAUAAAGUAUUUGACGCUGACUGUACCUAUAACCAAACUUUUUUUUUAUACAAAUUAGUUUUCGUCUUGUGUUUCGCAGCAUCUGUACCCCUAGUGUAAAUAAAUUCGAUUUCCAAACGUGACGUACGCGUUUGCGUUUAGUCUCAUUUUGUAUUGGAUUUCGAAAGAGCGCGCCAAGCGGGACGUUUUGGAACCUCAAAAUCCUAUACAAAAUGAGACUUAACGCAAACGCGUUCGUCACGUUAUGAUGUCGAUCAAAGUUACACUAGAGGUACUGGUAUAAGUUGGUUCGGGGGGUAGAGUUUAUGAAACCCUGUUCUAUAGGACAUACAAGCAAAAACUCACAGUUGAGUUUUGUAAUUACAUAAAUAGGUUGAGGGCUCUCGUGGCUUGGAUAAGUAUAUACGUUAGAUUCAGAUGAAACACAUUGUUUUUUUAACUCGGUAACUUAAAACUGCAUCCUGCAGGCUUAUUCAGUCAGCGAGUGGCGCAGAUAAAUUUCAACUAAAUGUGUUGUCGUAAUAAUUUGAAUAUGUACCUAUUUUUCUAUUUGGUGGCCUAGCGGUAAGAGCGUGCGACUUGCAAACCGGAAGUCGCGGGUUCAAACCCCGGCUCGUACCAAUGAGUUUUUCGGAACUUAUGUACGAAAUAUCAUUUGAUAUUUACCAGUCGCUUUUCGGUGAAGGAAAACAUCGUGAGUAAACCGGAUUAAUCCUAACAAGGCCUAGUUUACCCUCUGGGUUGGAAGGUUAGAUGGCAGUCGCUUUCGUAAAAACUACUGCCUACGCCAAAUCUUGGGAUUAGUUGUCAAGCGGACCCCAGGCUCCCAUGAGCCGUGGCAAAUGCCGGGACAACGCGAGGAAGAAGAAGAUUUUUCUAUUAUCUUUUCUCAAUCAUGCACGGAAAUACCUACCGUAGGCUUACAACUCUCAAAACAUUAAUUUUAAAAUUUAAUGAAUGUGCAAUUUCUGCAAUGGAUUUUAUAGUUUUGACACGAGUUAUAAUUUCCAUGUAUUUUUUCGAGAAAAGCAUUACAAACCUGGAAAGGAAGAGGUAUUGCUUGACUAGUAUAUUAGGUAAUUUUCUUCCAGGAUCUUGCACCGCUCUACCUUGAUUUUCAUACCCUUCAAGCAAUUCCUGACUUCCCGGCCGUUGCUAUUCCUCAAAGGCUUAAUUUCCUCCUUCGCUGACAUCGGUCAAGCGUACGAUUUACACAAUUUUUGUAUGGGCCACCCACCGCACAGCAACGGUGACGUCGUUCUCGGUCGUCAGCGCCGCGUGCGUCGGUGCGCUGGCGCGCUAUACACCACAGAUCGCGCGCUCAGUGCAAAGCUGACGGGUUGGCUAUACACACAUGCCGUCGUGAGCAUCAUGUGUUAAUUUGUACGCUCGACCGAUGUCAAAGUUGGAGAAAAUGAAGGCUUUCUUUGUCAUACGUGACCGAUGUCAGCGUAGGAGGAAAUCGGGCCUAAGCAUUGGUUUCGGUUGAUGCCGUACUUGCCGCAUUUAAUUAAGUGGCAUUUCUUCUCUUGCAAUUACAAUACUUAAUUUUGUUUCAUAUUUUAAAACGGAUCUCUGUUUUAAAAUGGUUUCAAAACGCGAAAGUUUUAAAUGUUAAUUUUGGUUUCUAUGUUAGUCGGUCUCUAUUCAGUUUUACCUGCUGAAACAUAUGAAUUUUAGGAGUAAUUAAAUUUAUUUAUAGUUACAGAUAUAUCUGGUAUAGGGUGUAGAUUUAGGUGUGACAUGUAAAAUGUAAAUUAAAUAAGCUGAGUUCAGAUCUCAAUUUUUCGUAUCAAAAUGUAUAUUUAAUGUCAAAGUUUGGAACGAAUAUAUAUAACUACUACUUGGAAGUAGUACUUACUGUCGUUACAGUAUAAUCGAGUUAUAAAUCUUAAAAUAAUUAGCGACAACCAAGAAUGGUGUCUUUUUGAGAUUUUAUACUUGACUGUACAUUUUGGUGUUAAAAACUUAUUUUGGCUUUGGGAUGUGCAUGGUGCUUGAAUUAGAAUCAAUCUAAUUUCUACAUCUUGUACAAUAAAUGUGUCCUUAUUUUUACUUUACAACCUUAGUUUGACGGCUUGAAUCAGUAGAUUGCGGCCAAGUAUAAGCUCGUUAAGACAGAAGCAUAUUUAUUAGGGUUUUUGCCUCAUAAUUUGCCAAGAACGUACACACAUUUGUAUUUUGUUUGUGACGAGACUUGGCUUAUGAACUUGAAGUAUUAGAGUAAUGUGGAAAGCGUAAACCAUAUUUUAAGUCACUUAGAAAUCCGCCUAUAUUUUAGGGCGUCACUUUCAAUAUUGUUAGCGACAUAAUUACACAUUUGAUGAAUUAUACAUUUUUUCCCGAA